CUUCCGUCAGAUCUCACGCUCGCACACAGCAAAAACGGAGGAGAAAACACAGCGACACUGUCCAUCCUCCGUCCACAAAGCUCGCUCCUUUGUCCUCCUCCUCCCCCCAAUCACGCCCGCGAAUCGUGCCACGCACGGAAGCGAGCGAGCCAAUCCGAUCCGGGCGGCGGCGGCGGCGCGAUGAGCUUCCGGGACGAGAGCGGCGGGGAGGACGGCAGCGGGGGCCGGUCGUCCUCGGCGUCCGACCUGCGCAAGCCGUUCCUGCACACGGGCAGCUGGUACAGGAUGUCCGCCGCCGGCGGCGGCGCCAUGGACCGCCUCGGCUCCUCCGCCUACGGCCUCCGCGACAGCUCCAUCUCCGCCCUGCUCUGCACCCUCAUCGUCGCGCUCGGCCCCAUCCAGUUCGGCUUCACCUGCGGCUACUCCUCGCCCACCCAGGAUGCCAUCAUGGCCGACCUCGGCCUCACCCUCUCCGAGUUCUCUUUAUUCGGAUCCCUGUCCAACGUCGGGGCCAUGGUGGGCGCCAUUGCCAGUGGCCAGAUCGCCGAGUACAUCGGCCGUAAAGGGUCUCUGAUGAUCGCCGCUAUCCCGAACAUCAUUGGGUGGCUUGCAAUAUCGUUUGCAAAUGACUCCUCAUUCUUGUUCAUGGGCCGUUUGCUGGAAGGAUUUGGGGUCGGUGUGAUAUCCUACACGGUGCCAGUUUAUAUAGCAGAAAUUGCUCCACAAAACAUGAGAGGAGCUCUUGGUUCGGUCAAUCAGCUCUCUGUUACAAUCGGUAUACUGCUUGCCUACACAUUAGGCAUGUUUGUUCCCUGGAGAAUUCUUUCUGUUCUUGGCAUUUUACCUUGCUCAAUCCUGAUACCUGGACUGUUCUUCAUUCCUGAAUCACCAAGGUGGCUGGCAAAAAUGGGAAAGAUGGAAGAUUUUGAAUCUUCACUGCAGGUCCUGCGCGGAUUUGAAACUGAUAUCUCAGCAGAAGUAAAUGAAAUAAAGAGAUCAGUUGCCUCAUCUAGGAGGAGGACAACCAUACGAUUUGCAGAGAUCAAACACAAGAGAUAUAGUGUUCCUCUUAUGAUAGGAAUUGGCCUCCUUAUACUUCAGCAACUAAGUGGUGUCAACGGCAUUUUCUUCUAUGCUGCAAGUAUCUUCAAAGCUGCUGGUCUUAAAAACAGUAAUCUCGCAACAUGUGGUUUGGGGGCUGUUCAGGUGGUUGCUACUGGAAUCACAACCUGGUUGACUGACAAAGCUGGUCGACGGCUACUUCUCAUUAUCUCUGCUACAGGGAUGACAAUCAGUCUUCUCGUUGUUUCUGUGUCAUUUUUUGUGAAGGACAACAUAGACGAAGCUUCUCAUUUACACUUUGUGAUGAGUAUGCUUUCACUGGCUGGACUUGUGGCAUUUGUGCUUGCAUUUUCUCUGGGCAUGGGAGCCAUCCCAUGGAUUAUAAUGUCUGAGAUUCUUCCUGUUAACAUCAAGAGUCUUGCCGGAAGCACCGCCACCCUUGCAAACUGGAUGACGUCGUGGCUCAUCACGAUGACCGCGAGCUUGAUGCUAAACUGGAGCAACGGAGGAACCUUUGCUAUAUACGCGGCAGUGUCCAUGGGCACCCUCCUCUUCGUGUGCCUGUGCGUGCCGGAGACCAAGGGGAGAACGCUCGAGGAGAUUGCGUUCUCGUUCCGCUGAAGCCCGGAACCACGGCGCGUAGGGUAGACAGGCAGGCGGGCGUGCGUCGUGCUACUUGAUGGCUGUUUCGGGUCAGGCCUCGGGCCUGGACCAGGUAGUCGCGCAGCCGUGUUUUUUGCAGGAGGGAUAUUUGUAUCAUGUGUUUGUGUAAUAGUGUACUAUCAGUGUACCAUUUGUGUAUGUGCAAUAGAAUGGGGAGGGGUGGAAUGGGCACCCAACCCCCCCUUGCAGUCAGUCAGUCAGUCGGUCAGGGGAGUGUGCAGUAAGUAGAAGAGCAAUUUGGUGGUCAGUACAUUGGGUUUCAUAUAUACAGCAGCAGCUGUGGCCAAAGGAAUAAUUCAGAUGUAAUGUCCAAGAAUAAAUUUUGAGCUACUUUCAGUGUGCUGCA